AUGUUUACAAAUCUUUCUUCUGCUUCUUCCCUUUCAUCAGUGCCAUCAUCUUUAAUUCAAACGCACCACCAGCUUCAUCCAACAUUGGGUUACCCACUGAAUUCGCAAUCUAACCUUUCGAGAAACUCAACAUCUUCACUGCCCACGACUCCAAUAACAACGGUCUCAACAACAAAUUCAUCAAUAUCUUCAUCUUCUUCAUCUUGUUCCUCAUCUUCACCAUCCUUUUCCAGUAAAGUUCAUGAUCCUUCGUCUGCACUACUUAGUUCCCUGAAUCAACCAAAUGGUCGUUAUUUCAAUUACUCAACCAAUUAUUCGCCCUCUCUAUUUGAUAAUCCUCUGAAUAAUCAUGUAAUCUCUGGUCCAGGAUCUCAAUCUUCCUCACCAUCUUAUAAUGCAUUAUAUAACCAACAAUCUCCUAAUCCAAUCGGACCUUUAACAUCAUCAUCAUCAAGUCAGCAUUCUACAUCUUCCCCUUCAUCAUCUCCAUCUUCAUUGUUAUCAUCUUCAUCUUCCAUGCCAACCCCCAACUCAGUGUCAUCAACAACACCAGGUCAAGCAACACUUUCAGCCACUCAUCCCGAUUCUGUUAAAUCCGAUCAAAAAUCUAAUGACUUAUCCCUCUCUAACAAUGGCACCAAUUUGAGUAAUAAUAAUGAAGAAACCAAACCUCCUUAUUCAUACAUCGCUUUAAUUGCGCUGGCUAUUGAAUCUGUUUCUGAAAAGAAAAUAACUCUCAGUGGAAUAUACAAAUUUAUCACUGAUAGGUUCGCCUAUUAUCGUAAAAAUAAACAAGGCUGGCAGAACUCAAUUCGUCACAAUUUGUCAUUAAACGAAUGUUUUGUAAAAGAACCUCGAGAUGAAAAGAAACCAGGCAAAGGAGCGUAUUGGAAACUUCAUCCGGAUUCCACUGGAAUGUUUGAUAAUGGUAGCUUGCUGCGACGACGGAGGCGCUUCAAGAAGGGUAAAGAGAUAGUUGAUGGACGGUCUAACCUUAUCGAGUACAAACAAUCGCGCAAACAGUCAGCCAAUAAACAAGAGAAUCGACGUCAAUCUAAUAAAUGCGGCUCUAAAUCGUCUACAAUGGAGGGUAUAGAUGAAGAUGACGAUGAAGGUUCAUCUUUGUCACCCAUAACUAUGUCAAGAGACAGAAUGGCUAACAAGAAAGGAAAAUCUCCUUACAAAAGAUCAAACGCAAUGAAAAAUUUCAACCGAUAUGGACUCUAUCCUGGUGAACAAGGGAAUGAUGAUGAAUUGUACAAUUCAACAAGCAAACCAUCAUCUGAGCUUAAUGGUGCAAUCAUAAACAGCAACAAUUAUCCGUUUAAGAAAGAGUAUCAUCGAGAAUUUGGUGUCAAUAAUGAAUUGGAGACAAUUGACCAUCAUUUGAUCAAAUUAGAACCAGGUUCCAUGUCACUUCAUCAUCGAUCACCAUCGAGCAUGAUUAACGAUUUAAUUUGUGCAAAUUCAUAUUCAUUAAAUCCUUUAUACAAUGAUUCAACCCCUAAUCAGGAGGUAACUCCAAUGAGUCUCACAGUUAAUGGUUCCUCUUCCUCUUCUUCAGCAUCAUCCUCAGCUUCAUCGUCAUCUUCCUCGGGAAACGGUGAAAAUGAAGUUAAUGCAAGUGCAAAUGAUCCAUCUUCAAAUUUUACCGUUGAUAGUUUAAUGGCUUCCCGUUUAGUCUCAUCUUCCUCUCUAUUAGCCAUGACACCAAUAAUUUCACCUACAAGUGCCGACAAUCCUAAUCAUCCUUACCAUCUUCCUCCUGGCAUUACUUCAAGCUCAGAACCUUCAUCUAGAUCGAUAACGUCAUUGGGAAAUUCAACAUCUUCAUCCUCUUAUCCUGAUCAGAUAUCUACUUUAACAACAUCAAUACCAUCAUCUACUGUUUCCCUAUCAACUUCAUUAUCCUCAACAUCACCAUCUUCAUCCUCUGUUUCAUCAUCAACACCUACAUCUGGUUCAUCUCCAUCAUCAUCAUCGGCAUCUUCAUCUUCAAUAACAACAACAACAUCUACAAUUUCAUCAAUAUACCCUUCAAAUCAACCAUUAUCUGUGAUGAUUGACCCAACCUCGUCUCCUAGUAAUCACCAUUUAAGUCAUCUCAACCAUCAUGGACUACCAACCUAUGAUCGUUGCCUUACAACGGUUCCUUGGUAUCCAGAUGGUUCCUCUGAAAUUUUACAACAUCCUGAUGUUCACCAUUAUGCUCACUCAUCUCACCAGAUAAGCUCAUCAUCUCUAGUCUCAACAGCACCUUGUAAUUGGCCAAAUUUUCGUGAAAUCUAUUCAGACGAUUCAACCGAAAAUUCAUCCCAUCACCAUCACCACCACUCUCGUCCUCACCAUAACCCAUUUCAACCUCCACCACCACCACCUCCAACUGCUGCUCCCCACCCUUCCCAUCAUUCAACAGUUCACCAUCAACCUCAUGCUUACUUCAUUGAAGAUUCGUGCAACCAACGGAUGCAAAUAGCAUCAUCAUCAUUAUCACCAUCACUAUCAAACCCAGGCUCACCCAAUUGUGCUCAAACUACUUUAAAUUAUCCUUUCAACUCUAACUACUCAUCAACCAACUCCUAUUAUACUUGCAGUGGUUACUAGUCAUCAUCAUCCUUCAAACAUAGACGCAAAAAUUCAGGUCAAGUUUCACCAAAAAAACAAACACACACAAAGCGAGACAAAUAAACACCAAUAAACUCCUGAUCUCUGUCAAAUUUUAAGAAUCUCAAAUGUUUUUAAUUCACAACUGAUGUAUAUAAAUAAUAUAAACUUUGUUCUGUUGUAAUUACAUCAGUCACCAAUAAAUGUUUCAAUGACAGACAUAAAAAGAUGCAGAAAACGCACCAAGAGAAAAAAAAGAAAAUAAAAAAAGUAUUUGAAUAUAAAAAAA